GCGGCGGCGGCGGCGGCGGUGGUUACUAUGGCGGAGUCGGCCGGAGCCUCCUCCUUCUUCCUCCUUGUUGUUCUCCUGCUGGCCGGCAGCGGCGGGUCCGGGCCGCGGGGGAUCCAGGCUCUGCUCUGUGCGUGCACCAGCUGCUUACAGGCCAACUACACGUGUGAGACAGAUGGGGCCUGCAUGGUUUCCAUUUUCAACCUGGACGGGAUGGAGCACCAUGUGCGCACCUGCAUCCCCAAAGUGGAGCUGGUCCCCGCCGGGAAGCCCUUCUACUGCCUGAGCUCCGAGGACCUGCGCAACACGCACUGCUGCUACACUGACUUCUGCAACAAGAUCGACCUGAGGGUGCCCAGCGGUCACCUCAAGGAGCCUGAGCACCCCUCCAUGUGGGGCCCUGUGGAGCUGGUGGGCAUUAUUGCCGGCCCGGUGUUCCUCCUGUUUCUCAUCAUCAUCAUUGUUUUCCUUGUCAUUAACUAUCAUCAGCGCGUCUAUCACAACCGCCAGAGGCUGGACGUGGAGGACCCCUCGUGUGAGAUGUGUCUCUCCAAGGACAAGACGCUCCAGGAUCUCGUCUACGACCUCUCCACGUCAGGGUCUGGCUCAGGGUUACCCCUUUUUGUCCAGCGCACAGUGGCCCGAACCAUCGUUUUACAGGAGAUUAUUGGCAAGGGCCGGUUUGGAGAAGUGUGGCGCGGCCGCUGGAGGGGUGGUGACGUGGCUGUGAAAAUAUUCUCUUCUCGUGAAGAGCGGUCUUGGUUCCGGGAAGCAGAGAUAUACCAGACAGUCAUGCUGCGCCAUGAAAACAUCCUUGGGUUUAUUGCUGCUGACAAUAAAGAUAACGGCACCUGGACACAGCUGUGGCUCGUCUCCGACUAUCACGAGCACGGCUCCCUGUUUGACUAUCUAAACCGGUACACGGUGACCAUCGAGGGGAUGAUCAAGCUGGCCUUGUCUGCCGCGAGCGGCCUGGCACACCUGCACAUGGAGAUUGUGGGCACCCAAGGGAAGCCUGGAAUUGCUCAUCGAGACUUAAAGUCAAAGAACAUCUUGGUGAAGAAAAAUGGCAUGUGUGCCAUUGCAGACCUGGGCCUGGCUGUCCGUCACGAUGCAGUCACGGACACCAUUGACAUUGCCCCCAACCAGAGGGUGGGAACCAAACGAUACAUGGCCCCCGAAGUACUUGAUGAAACCAUCAACAUGAAGCACUUCGACUCCUUUAAGUGUGCUGAUAUCUACGCCCUUGGGCUCGUGUACUGGGAGAUUGCUCGAAGAUGCAACUCUGGAGGCCAAGCCCUGCCUACCCUGAGAGCCAGGGGCCAGGACAGCUGGAUCCAAAGGAAGCAAAGCCUGGAGAGUUCACUCUGAAAGCCCGGGACACGCUCAGGAAUAAGGUGUGAAACUCCAGAACGCAGUGACCGAAGCGGGGCUUGGUGUCUCAGCUGAACACAGACCAUCUCAGGCCAGAGAGGAGCUCUGGGGACUCCUUAAACCUGGCUGGGAUUCCAGGAGGGGGCCUAGCACCAGCCAGACAGCCCUUCGGAGUCUGAUUUGAAGAUUUUCCGAGACUCAUGGCCACCAGAGGGCACCACCACCCCACAGUGUGGCAUCCUGGGCUCUCCAUCACCUCCCUGGAGAAACUGGGAAGAUUGGGAGGAGGAAGCAGGCGCGGGUCUCUGAGCUCUCAGCGGGAGCUACCAGCAGCUGAGUUAAAUGGUCUCCAGAGUCAGGAGACCUGGGCUCUAGUGGGUUCUAGUGCCUGUUCUGCCACCGUCUUUCCCUCCCUGGUCGGCUUCAGUUCGCCUCCUCCGUUGAAUAAGGACUUGGACCGCUUGGUGUCCUUUCCGGCCCACGGGGCCCUUCCCGGCUCUGAAGUUCUAGGGUUUGAGGAAAUCAUGCAAUGAACGUGACAGAAAUUGCAUCUCCUGAGCCCACCUUUACUCUGAGGUUCUCUAGGGUGCCCUGCCUGGCAGGAGGAGGAAACUGGUGUAAGCUUCACUUCUCUGGUGCUGUUCUCUGACUUGGAGGUCGGGAGGCAGACUGGCCUGGAUACUGAUGGGCAGUCUCUGUCUCCACGUCAGUCUGAAGGAGGAAUGUCUCAACAGGGCUGGCAGACACAGGUGCUGUGACACCCGUGGUGUCUGCUCCUCCAGGUUUCAGGCGAGGAGGUGUCCCUUAGGUAAGCCUCUGGGAUAGGUGGGGUGGCGGUACGGAAGAGCUUACAAGAUGCCCUUUUGAGGGUCCCUGCAUGAGUAAGCACAGAGUGAGGAGGAUAGAAACCAUUGGCUCUGCUGCCUUUGCCCGCCUCCCCAUCCCCACCCCCGCUGCAGAUGCCGUCUGUCAGGAGCAGGCAGCAGACGGUCCAGGGGUCCAUCUGUGCUAAUGCUUCACAAUAGAGUCCCGUGUUUCCCCACCAACGCCCCCUCGGCCCCUCAGCUGAUGGCCACUUGGUGAUGCCAAGGGGGAAGGUGGGAGGAGGGAGAGGAAGGCACUAAGGGAGCUAGCACUUGGUUCGUGGCAGUCCCCAGUCCACCCCCUGCCCCCCACCCAACGAGCAUCCUGCCAUCUGGACUUGUGUAAUCACUGCAGGGUGAAGAAGCACCCCCCCACACACACCUCCUGUAGGGGCUGGGGCCCCAGGGGCCUGGGGGUGGGGAAGACACAGACGGAGUCAAGGGGACUAGGAAGCAAGAAGACGGAGACAGACCCAUGGACUGAGAGAGACAGGAGACAGAAAGCCUUUCCUGGCCUCCCCAGGCUGAUGGGCCACUAGCCCCUCUGUACUCCGCAGGCCAUGCAUCUAACACAGCACCGGUGCGUGUAUCACUCCCUACCUGACCAAGAGCCUCUGUAACCUGGCCCGGAGCAGGGCUUCAACAUAGGGUGAAUGAAGAACAGCGGAAGACAGCAUCACACGGUGGUUAGAUUGCAAGCUCUGCAACCAGGCUGCCCAGGCUCGAAUCAGCUCUGCCACUGAGUGACCUAAAGCAAGUUACUUAACCUCUCUGGGCCUCAGUUUCCUCCUCUGUAAGGGAUGAUAAUGGUAUCUGUUUUCAUAGAGUUGUUAUAAAGACCAAAUGAAUUCAUUCAUGGAUGUAGAAGAUGUAAAAGAUUACACAGAACAGUGUGCACAGCACAAUAAAUGUCAGCUGUAAAGGCAUAACGGAUUUGGGAACACUGGAGGAGGGGACAAUGUGGACAUUCCUGGCUUCUGUUCAGUGGCAGACGUCGGGAUGUGGAGCCCCCAGCUUGUGAUGCUGACGCCCUGCGGUGGCUGGCCACUCUUUAGAUGCCAGACC